AUUAGCCAAUCGCAGAGCGGAAUGGGCGGGUUUAAAAAAAACAGCCAGCCAAUGGGAGAGAUCGCUUCUUUGUCUCCAAGCAACCGGGAAACUCAUGCGCAUGCGCAAGUGCUCUGUGUUUGGAGGCUGAGCAGCGAGCAGCAGGAACAUUUGACUGUAAUAAACCAGAAACCUCCAGUGAUGUUGAGAAGUACGGUUAUAAACCAUCGACAGCAUGUUGGACUGCAGGAGCUCUCAGCGUUGGCGGGAGUCGCACAUUCUUCUUUGGGCCCCAAUAAAAGGUACAAAUUUAUCCACGAUGACACAAGUGAGGAGUCGGCUCUUGUGUGCUCAUGUUUUCGCAUCUUUGAGAACCUGGAGCUGACCUGCGCGGUGGGUCAGCUGGUUUACGAGACUAUUCAAGCCCAACAGAAGGUCUACAACACAGGGUCAGGAUGCCUGCUGUUUCUGGCAGGGGCGUGGAGCCGGGCCGCCCUGGAGUGCGUCCAGAGAGGAAUCUCAGUAUCGCACAUCAUCUCUGGGAUGUCGGACGGGCUUAAUAUAUGUGUAGAUGUCUGCAGGAAAUGUGCCAUCUCAACUGAUGGACUUCAGAUAUUAAAGAAACCCAUUGUAGGGGAUUCACGGGCAUCGCACCACCUGCAGGGGACAAAAUGUGUUGAUCGCAAGACUCUUAACACAAGUGGACACAGGAAAUUAAAGCUCAGCAGACACUUUUGUCAGCCUGAGUCUAAUAAUGUCUCAACGGUACCACAACCUCAUCAGUUCAACAUUGAACACAUUGCUGAGGGAUUGAGUCAUGGUUGUGUCCGUGCAAUGAACUUAGUAGUGGAAGCCAACAAGCUGCAAUCAAAAAAUAAUCACGAUAUCAGCUGUUCCACAUUUGACGUAACCAAAGUGGUGACAUGUGUCGUACCUGGUUUACCAGAGGAGCGUGCGUGUGUUCUACCAGGCUGCAUCGUUCUUCUAUCUGCUGAACAGGCUUCAGUGGCCCAUCAUUUAAAAGAACAGCACUUGAAGGUCGCUCUCAUCAAUGGAGAUUUGUCACACACCUUCCGCCAUCUUGGCUUCAGCAGACCAGCAGGCGUACAGCAUGUGAGUGACCAGUUGGCUCUAAGUUCAGACGAAGAGGAAGAGUGGAUGGUGAAGGUCGUGGCACUUCUGCUGAACCUGGAAGUGAACCUGAUACUCGUGAGUGGGCUUGCGAGUGAGAAAGUGAUUCAACACUGUUGCAGACGUCGUGUGCUUGUUGUGGAAAAAGUGAAGGCUUCCAUAUUGAAGACGUUCGCUGAUGCUACAGGAGGAGUUCCGGUGACCUACGCCACUCAGUUGACGAAGCACUGUGUUGGUACCGGGGUGAAGGUGGAGAUAUGGAGGGACCUCGGCGGUGGCGGCUCUGAGAGGAAGUCCUCGACAGCUGUGAAUAUUUCCACCGGUGGGAACAGCGAGUUGUUCACAGUGAUCCUCACAAGCUGCAUACGUGGCAAGCUGCAGGCCCUGGAGGAUCAGUUCUGGGCCUGUGCUUAUCGUUUACACCACGCGCUGAAAGACAGAGCCGUCUUGCCUGGUGCCGGAGCGACAGAAAUGCUUUGUAUUCAUCACCUUCGGCACCAAGAAGGGACUGCUUACUCUACGCAGGAAUCCAAAGCAGGAGGAGCAGCUGACCUUGACAGGGGUGUAGUGUUGCGCCUCAUGGCAGAUGGUUUAAUUGAUUACAUAUCCACUGUAAUGGUUAACACUGGCAGGGUUUCAAAAGUCAGAGCCAGGACUGUGGUGAGCCAACAACUUCAGGAACGUAACGGACACGUGGACACCGCUGCAAAGUUAUCUCAACUUUUAUUAGAGGUUGAAAAUGACGACAGCACUCUGAAAUCCAACGAAGCACCAGCAAUGGAAGUCUAUGAUAAUCUGAGUGUGAAGCAGGAAGCGUGGAGGAAAGCGUUAGAUCUGGUUUUUCUGGUUUUACAGACGGAUGCGGAGGUCAUCACUGGUGUGGACCAAACAACUGCUGCACAGGAAAAUCUGACGCUGUUAUAAUCUUAAGACAAGACACAGCUUUUUAAUAUUUUUAUUUAUGUAGCCUGCAAUAAAUAUUAAAUUAGUUUUUUCAUAUGACUGGUACAAAGUACAAUUAGAAAAAUCUUUGUCUUUUUGGUUUUUGUCAGGACCAUAUUAAAAAAUAUAAAUGUUAGUGGGGUAUUUUUUUCUGCCACAUGGGGGUGACGUUGUCAUCUAUCUGACUCUUUCACACCAGCACAUUUCAAACUCACCUCCGGGAUGAAACUAGGAUGUAAAAUAAAGAACAGAGUUAUUUAUCUGAUUCACCCUUUAACCUUUAAUCCUAGACACUCGGAAGCCGUGACAAAUGAGUAAAGUGUCAUAACAGCCUUCAUGAUUUUAAUCUAAUCUGUCUUUUUUAUCACACUGUUUGUUUUAUGGCUGCGGCGUACACCUCUCAUGGAAAAUACCCUAAAAGUCAGUUUAUUUUUAUUUCUAACUAAUCCUGACUCACCUGAGUCUACUACAUGUUCUGGUAAACACCUUCACUUCACGCUCACUUCAGUGUGGGAAAACAAAUAAUAUAGGUCCAAAACCACAAUUAAAUUUCCGUCUCCUGGAGCAUGGGAGGAAUUUAGACGUGCCAGUUUGUCUUUUAGUCUCAGUAAACUUCCGAAAUGAUAUUCGUGUCCACAGCUUGGUUUGUAUGGUUCAAUGCUAAACCCGGACUCUACCUCCAUGCCAACGGUGGUGGUUUCAUGACCUGUGUGGGAAUAAUUGACGGGGAAGGAACACCUCCAGACAGAGUGGAUGUUUUUGGUUAAGUCUUUGUAGGUCGGGGAGUUAAUUUUAGUUGUUUGACUUCUGAAUACUUGCCCUCCUACAUCAUCAUUCAAAGGUCACGUAGGAUAAAAAAUGCUGUUUCAUGGAAUUAAUACUUAUUUUACAAUAAUUCCAAAAAACAACUACCUUCUAUUACCUGGAAAAAACUAAAAUAACCAUCGAGAUUCUCAUAAACCACGUUCUCUGUUAUCUUCAAUCUUUUUCCUGUGUGUGUGUGUGUGUGUCAGAGGCGUCAAUAACAGUGAUGUGAAAUCUUCAGAGACGGAGCUUCUUGCUGUCUUGAGUUAAUUAAAAGCGUUGCCAUGGUGUCACAGUAGAGGCAGAGCAGCCUAGACUCAACAGUGUUGAGGCCUUGAGAGGGAGGUGGGAGUAUAACAAAGCAAACACAAAAUUAAGAAGGAAAUUAGUGUCAUGGUGACACAUCCAUGUUUUAAUGUCCGCCCCAAACAACAGACGAAACUUUAGACUUACACAUCACAAGUUUACAAAAAAGAACAGCAGUGCACUGAACGCCAUCGAGGCCGAACUGUUUCCUUAAAUUCAGUCAAACUGCACCAAAUACACAGACUCACAGAAAUCACUCCCCUAAAUAUGCCAGAUUUUUUUUUUUGAAGAUCAAUGAAUUGUUCCCUGGGAAAUCGGAACAAAGUCCUUUAUCGGCCCCUUUGUCCUGGUCUGUGCCAAAAUUGAAUGAAUAAAAUACCUUGUCACUGCACAGAAUGGCUGCAGAGCUCACUGUCACCUUCUGUCGUCAGCAGCGUGGAAACAGAUGCCACAGGAGUUUAUCUUUAGAAAGAAGCACUGACAAACCAUAAAUCUUCUUUCAUUUUCCUCAGACGAGGACAUUUUGCUAUUUAAGUAUACUAGAACUCAUUACAGCUGCUGCUUAGAGUCCUAUAAUGAAAUAAAACAUAACAUUUCCUUCACAAUUUUCAUUUAUCAGGGUGAACAGGCCUCUGGAUCAUGUACUGUUUAAUAAGGGACAAUGAAGACAAACAGGCAGACAAUUCUGAUUAUAUUAUUCAUGCCUGUGUGGAAUGUGACGAGUCAAUGUCAGAACAACUCUAAUUGAAAAGGCCUUGAAUAACACACUCAUGUUCUUUGCUUUGUCUCCU